UGGUAUGAUGCAGACAACGCCACUCAAAGGCAAAACAGGCACAACACCACCUUCAUCUUUUCAGAGGAGAAUGAAAUGGAUAUGACAGCCAGCCACACUGCUGUCAUCACACGUAACCUCAAGAACACCCAGGCUGACGACACUGAGAAAAUAGAUAUCACGUCCUUUCUGGCGGGGUUAAACUCUAACAGUGGGAAGGCAGAAGGGAGCAAAGAAUUCCAGUUUUUCUCUGGUCCUACAAGCUAUUCAUGUCCAACUUCAGAACAGAAAGAAGAUGCUGCUACUGUGAAAAAAAUAGACUUCAAUGAAUUUUUGAUGUGCUUGAAGUCAAACAAGAAGACUCUCAACCCUAUGGAGGGCCCUGAGAAAGAGAACGUUUUCUUUAUCCCUCCUCAAGUCACAGAAGCUGUGGCACCAUCAUCAGUGGAAUUUGCAUAUUCCCAUGAGCCACUGGACACCUGCAACGUGACCAAAGUCUUUAGAGGGGAAGAUGAUGGGAUGGACAUGACCAAAUGCCAGGCAUCUGAUGUCAAAGCCAUGUUUUCUUGUCAAGCUCCACCACAGCAAUUACAGUGUGAGGAUGUCACCAAGGCCUUUGCAGAUGAUGGAAUGGAUAUGACAACCAGUCACACUGCAAAGCUUUGUACAGAUAGAAAACCACUUGAAGACAGGCGAGAUCCCACCGUGCUGCGAGCUGCUAAACAGGAGGCCAGAGCAAUGGGUGUCAUCCCAGGAGCUGUUUCUUCUGAGACCGUCUUCCGAGGUGAUAAAACUGAUGAUGUGCCUAAAUGUGAGGACAUGGAAAUAACUGGGAAUUACACAGAUGUCAUCUGUAAUGACAGCACCAAAGAAAUGAACAGUUCACAUCAUAAAGCUUUUGAAAAGCCCGUUAAUGCAAACACUGUGCUGGCAGAACACAGCCAUGUGGCACGUGGUGGUAGGGACGUUGCAAAGAGCCUGGCAACUUCGGAUCAUGGAGCAUCUGUGUUGUAUAAAACCAGUGCACUUGGACUGUCCUCAGGCUCCAAUGAAAGGAUCAAGAAAAUGUGCCAAGAUCAUGGGAAUGCACCAGUGAACAUUGGCUUUGAUUCCUGUACAAACCCAGCAUCCUGUGGGGUUCCCAAGAGCAGACUCCAGCCCAGGCUGGGGAGCUCGCAGCUUAUUUCUCUACCAGGUGAGAAGACAGUGAUAUUCUCAGGAGAAGACAUGGACCUGACCAAGACCUGUGUUGUCAAGGAGAAUGCUGACAGUGAAUCUCCCGUUGGAGUGUUCUCCUCUGUCCCCUGCAAACCUCAUUUUCUUGAUAACAGAUCUACAUCUCCCAGUUUAAAUGAGCAGGAAGAAAUGGAAAUAACCAAGUGCCAUGCUGUUGUCAUUGAUGAUCAAGGCAAGAGGAUAACUGCAGAAGCAACACAAAUGCAUUGUAAAAUAAUUCCAAGAAAGAACCAGAACACAAAUGUGAGUGAAGGUACAAAUUAUUCAGAUAUGGACAAGGAAAACUGUGAGGUGAUCAGUACCAAUGGGAAUGUUAAAAGAAGCCAGGCUGUAAAAUUGAAUACUAUGGAUCUUGAGAUGGUGGAGAAGCAGCUUGGAAAACCAAACUUCCAGGCAAGUGGUGCAGCUUCCUGUGCAGAAAGGGUGUGUUUAUUGCAAGAGCAAAAGAGAGAAGUCCCUGAGAUCAGUGUCACCAACUCCAGUGCAUUCGUGUCUUUGCAAAGUCAAAAAGUUAUGGCACAACCUUUGGGAAAGCACCACGUAAUCCCUUCAGUUUCCUGCACAAAUGACAGAACAGGCACAUUUUCAGGUGAGCAAAACAGUGACAUGACCAAAACUCAUCCUCCUGCCUUUGCUGCUCCUCUGAAUGCAGUACAAGAACAUCGGAAUAAUCAUAGCCAGAGUAAAGUGUUAUCCCUGCAGCUGCAGAACCAGACCUCCCAGUGCUCCGGCAGUUCCGGUGUAGGGGUCAGGAGUCAGACUGCAGCAGUACAACAUGUGGCUUUGCAAAUGAACACCAGUAAUCAAACUGUUACUCCUUUGGCUCCAAAUGGUUCAUUUAUUCCCAGUAAUGAGCUUGCUCCCUCUGGAAUGAAAGGGAAUGAGCAGCGUGGAACAGCAUUAGGACUAAAUGCCAGUGGCCAAAGCUCAGGCAGGCAGGAGAAAGCACAUCCUAUGAAGGUAGGAAAUGAAGCUUUGCCAACUCGAGAAGAUUCUAGGAGAGGUUUUGCAGUUGGUACAAGAGUUUCUUCUGAGGAGGCUUUUAAAAGUCCCCACGGAGCUGGUAGCCUGUGCUUGAGGGGUGCUGAGGAGCCAGUUCAGGCCACUGCCUCUGAACCACACACAGGAUGUGCUCAAGUGCCUUCGUUCUUUGAGAAGUCAGUUAUGUUUCCCUCUGGUGAAAACAUGGACUUGACAGGAAACAUCAAUGCUACUUUAUCGACAAGAAAAGCACUACCUGGAUUCCAUGUUCAGGAUGAAAACAAAAUAAUGUCCUUAAGAAAAGGGGCCACAAUGACAGUGAAUCCUCAGGAGCAGCCUGUGUGUGAUGUGCACUCCUUGGUAUAUGGCAAGAAAACAUUAACCAUGAGUGGUUUAAAACAUCUGCCUCUUGCAGAUGAGGCAACGACCAUAUUCUCAGAAGAUGCUGACAUGGACAUCACCAGGAGCCACACAGUGUCAGCAGACAACAAAAUAACUGUGCAGCUGAGAAGUGCCAAUGAUGACCCCUCCUUAAUUGCUGGAGAUAGAACUUGUGUUUUUACCUACAAUAAUGAUAUGGAAAUAAGCAGACUGGAUACUGCUGCAAUUGAUAAACCUAUGGCAAAGGCUGCACCUCGAGGGAUGCUUAACACAGGUAAAAGGACUGGAAGGAAAAGCUUGAAAGGAACAGCAGGGGAAAAGACUCUUUUAUUUUCACUGAGUGAUGACAAUAAUGACAUGGAGAUCACGGAGAGCCACACGGCUGCUAUAGGCCAUGAAAUGGUCUUGCAGAAUGAGAGAGGGCUUCAAUCUCUCCCUUCAGCUCCCCCCAUUAAAACUGCUGUGUUCACAAGCAGCCAGGCUGACAUGGACACUACCAGGUCUUGCUCUGCUGAUAAAACUGCUGUAAAAGUUGCAUGUGAUGAUAAACUAAGGUGGGAUAAGGCGGUUGGAGAGCAAGUGCUUUCAAAUGGUGAAGCUACUGUGUUUGCUCUGGAUGACAUGGACAUCACUAGAACCCACCAUGUAGCUUUGGAAGAAGAUUCCCUGAGAGGCAGGCAGCCCCAUGGGACUGUUCCUGUGACUCCCAAAAUGAUGUUCACAAGUUACCAAGCUGAGAUGGAAAUAACUGAGUCUCACCCUGUUGAUCAAAGUGUUGCAAGAGGCUUUUGUGAGGACAGGCUGAAGCUGGCCCAGCAGCUCGGGCAGGAGGCUGUGGCAGGUUCCAAAACUGUCAUUUUCACUUUGGCUGAGGACAUGGAGAUCACUAAAGCUCAGGCAGCUGUGGUGCAUGCUGAAAUGGUGCUGGGCAGAGAGUCCAUCCCAGCCAGAUCUGCAGCUCCUGCUGAUAAAACCAUUGUGUUCACCCACAACCAAGAUGAUAUGGAAAUAACUGCAUCCCACACUGUUGCUGUUAAUAACAAUAUCAGUGGAUUGGAGGACCAGGAGGCCUCACAGAAGAGCACUCAGCAAGCAGACUUGCGUCGUGGGCUGUCCUCUUGUAGAGAUGAAACAGAUUCCUCACAUCCAGGAGACCUGGAUGGUGAAUGUCAUCCAAAAUCUAAGAAUGAGCCCAGCAUUCCCUCAUCAGCCUCGGUGUUCGCUAGUGAGAAAGGAGCUAUCCCAGACCCCAGUGGCACAUCACCAAAUCCUGUGUGUUCUGUCUCACCUUCAGAAGAGACCAUGGAUGUGGGGGCACCGCAGGAUCUGGACCUUCCCAUGGAUAAUUCUGUCCCUGUGAGCAGGGAGCAGGAUGUCAUUCCACCAGAAACCCUGAACUCAAAGAGAAAAUCAUCCAAACUUCCAAGUAAGAGUCCCACGGAUUGUGGGGAAGAAAGUGGUGAUUUAGCAUCCCAUGUUUCACUUCCCAAUCCAGCAGCGAAGGGUUCUGCAGAUGCAUGUAGUACACAGGGAAACCAAGCACUAGAAGAGGAUUCAUGUAGAGGUGAAGAUUUAGCUACAGACUUGGGCCUGGAGUCAAAGGAAAACCAGGGGCUGUCAGCUGAAGGGGAGACACCACCAGAACACUUUCAAAUCAACUCUGACCAAACGAAGCAACCUGUGGUCAGUGACAGCACGAGAGAUGUUGUAGAUCCCACUCGUGCCUCUGACUUCUCAGGUAUUUUAAAUAUCUAUUCAAAACUGAGGAAUAUUAGAAGGAAAUCUGCAGUUUUUCCUAUUUCUGAGACCGUUUUUUCUGACCAGUUGCCCAGUUCCUCAGCUCAGGCAGAGGAUACUUUGAAGGUAGGAAAAAAUACUCUAAAUGAACCAAGUAAUACCAGAGAGCAGGAGGACACAUGCCUUGAUUCUGGAGCUGCUCCCAUAGAUGCACAUUUAGGCGUGGCCUUAAAGGAUCCAUACCAAAGAAUAAAUGUCCCUCUGGGUAUCUUCCAGCCUAAGUUACCCAACAGAAGGAAUCCUGUUUCUAGUGUACAAGACACAAAUGCAAAGUCCUCAGACAAAGGAGAAGCACCAGUUUCAGAAGUAACCACUGGUGAAACCCCAGGUAACAAGAAGUCUGUGAGGCAGAACUUCAGCCCCUCUCAGUUUAUAGCAGAAGAAUUUCUUCCUGUCUGCCUGGAAGAAAUGGAUUCAAAUGAAUCUGUAAACUCUGAGCUCAUGGAAAAUAACUGCAAUGAGAUAAGCAAAAACCCAAUCUGCCACGAUGAAAAGAAUCAAACUGAAGAGACAAAAACUUGCAACACAAAAAGAGCUUUGGAACAAGAUGAGGAGGAUCCUCAAAGUCCAAAGAAGGCCAAGAGGGAUGAAAACUUGGAUGCUGAGGCCUCUGCAGACCUGCAGGUGACUCUUGGUGCUGAGUCUCAAAGCCAAGCAGAAGUUCACGAAGGUGAAGAGCCUCCAAGUCUCUCAGCUAAAAGCCCUGACUGCACCCACGCCAGCACCAGCAGCUCUCUGGAUUCUGUUAAAGCUGACACAGAACUAACAAUCCAGCGGAGCAGUCGGAUGGAGUCUCAGCUUCUCAAUGACAGCAUCUGUGAGGAUAACUUACGGGAGAAAUUUCAGAGUGGUGUUAUCACAGUUGGGGAGUUUUUUACACUUCUUCAAGUCCACGUUCCAAUUCAGAAGCCCCGGCGGAGCCAUAUUCCAGCCAGUGGUGCAGUCAGUGCAGCUCCUACCCCACAAGACCUCAUGUACAACCAGUAUGUGCAUCGCCCCAAGCUGCGUAUUUAUGAAGAAGAUUGCCAGGCCCUUUCUCAGCUGAUAGAGGAGUUAAAACCAUGUGCAAAUGUCCAGGAUCAGCUCCUGGUGAAUGUGAAUAAGACUUUGUGGGAAGUAAUGAGGACCUGCUCUGAUGAAGAGCUGAAGAGCUUUGGAGCAGAAAUGAACAAAAUGAAAUCCUAUUUCACCAAGGAGAGUAAAAUCUUGGGUCACAACCAGAAGGUGACGUUAUACAGCAAAUUGCUGCAGAGUGCACAGGAACAACAUGGGAAGCUCCAGUCCAGAAUAGAGCAGGUGGAUGGGUUGCUGAAGGAGGCAGAGAGCUGUCUUGUUGCUUUGGGAGCAGAUUCUGACUGGGAUGAAGGGGAAGCGGACAAUGAUGGCAGUGAUGAAAUGGCAGAAGGGAAGAACCUACAGGAAGAACUGGAAAACCUCAAAGCCCAAGAAGAAGAACUUCAAAGAGAACUGUCAGAACUGGAGACUGAGAAUGAGCAAAUGCUGGUUGAGAUGAACCAGCUAAAGAAGAAGGAAAAAACCUUCCAGGAGAUCCUGGAGAGAUACGACUUCACUGAGUGGCAGAUUACAGAGUGGAAUGAACAACAGGCAGUCUUUAGUUUCCUUUAUGAUUCCAUUGAACUCACAGUGGUGUUUGGACCCCCAAUAGAUGGUGAUGUUUUUGGUGAAGAUCCUUCCAGAAAGAUAGUUAGCCUGAACUUUGAAUCCUUCUUGGAUGAGGAAAAAGCACCACCCUCCUCGUGUCUUGUCCAAAGACUCAUCUUCCAGUUCAUCGACAGCCGAGGCUGCUGGCAGGAGAAGUUUCCCACACUGUACUACCUGCCCCAGGCUCUUCAUGACAUCUCUUUGGUGGUGAAUCGCUGCAAGAUCUUGGGAGAGGAGAUGGACUUUCUGGAGAGAUGGGGUGGAAAGUUCAAUCUUUUGAAGACAGAAAUCAGUGACACAAAGGUGAAGCUUUUGUUCUCUGCUUCAAAAGUUUUUGCCAAGUUUGGGUUGACCUUGUCUCUAUCUGCCACCUACCCCUCUACUCCACUGCCUUUUACUGUCCAAAUCCAAGUUGGGAAUAUUGGGGAGGAGCAGAUUUCUGCAGUUGUCUCCGAGGUACCAGUUGGUUACCGCUAUCUGCGGAGAAUAGUCAGCUCCAUUCACCAGAGCUUGCUCCAGGACCCCAGAUGA